UACAUAAUCAAUACCUUGAAGAACAAAAAGUACAUACAACCAAACAAACUAACUUUUUGCUCCUUUUUAACACUUUCGACUCGGAGCUUUCGAGGAAUUUAAAUCGCAAACGUCUUUCGAAAUCCGACGUAACACAUCAUACGUCACACAUCUGGUAUAAGUGGUACAGCUGUACGAGCCAAUCCGAUAAGCAGAGGCUUUCAUUCCCGAUGCGUGAAACGUGAAAGGAGGUUAAAUGGUCAAAGAGCAUAGUGCACGAGACAACGUUUAACCUGAAGAAUUACCGGAGAUUACACGACAGUAAUCUCGCGAGGAUGGCUAAUUUCGCGAAAGAGCAAUUGAUGAAGUACGGCUGGACAGAAGGAAAGGGACUCGGUAAAAAUGAAAACGGCAUAACGAAACCCGUGAAACUCGCGACAAGUCAGAAUAAAGCAGGUGUUGGAUACGACGAGUACGAAACGCCUUGGUGGGAAAAGAUGUACAACGACGCCAGCAAAAACGUUAAGGUCGAGUCGCAGGGUGACCAGGUUUCCUUGACUGUUGUCAAUGAUACGCGCGCAACACAAACUCGCAAAAACGAACUUUCUAAUUCUUUCACAAAGGCUACAAACUUUCAAGUGGCUCCUGCUUGGCAGACAGACAGUAUGCUUGAUAAUAAUUACUUAAAGGUUGGUGCCAUGUGCGCGGCCGAUCAGAAAUCACAUGUGACACGUGAUGGAGCGUCUGAACUUGUGCUCACAUCUAAUGAAAAAUCUAAAAAGAUCGUGGAGUACAGUAGUAGAGCUCAUUCAAAUGCUCAAGUGAAUGUAGCUGGAAAGAAUGCCAUAGCCUACAGAAUAACGAAUGUAGAGUCAGACGUGGAGGAGAGCAGCGAGCAUGAUGUAGAUGGAAAUGCAAGCAUACCACAGGCUUUCCAAGAAGAACAGUUUUCCCUUGACAGGUCUAUGAAGAGGAAACACCAUAGAAAAAUAAAGAGCCUAGUGAAUCAACUGAGUACGUGUAAUUUAGAGGAGAACAACGUAAAGCGUGUCAUUCAUUUCCCUAACCAUAAUCUCUAUAAGAAAAUUCGCUGUAAGGAACUUUCCCAAAAAAUGAAGAAAGGUAAAGAAGAAACAGUGAAUUCAAGCAUAUUGAUUCAGUUUAUAAAGCAGAAAAAAAUUGAUCAGGUAAAUAAAAGGAUGGAGCACUUGGGAAAUGAACUAAUGAAAAUGUAUCAAAUGAAAGGUAUCAAGUUAUGUGAAAAGCCAGAUGCACAUUUAUCUUCAAGUCUCCAAGUGUUUGAGAUUGCAAAGCGGAAGGUAUUGACAGAAGAACAACAAGAAAAUAUAGAAGAAAAGCUUACAAAGUUGAAAAAUUUGUCUUAUAAAGAGUUAGAAUUAGGAAAAUAUGGAAGUCAAAAGGAUAGUAUUGACCAAUACUAUAAUACAAAACCAGAAUUGAGGCCAACUGAGUUUAAUGAGCCAACAACUAAGCCAGAUUGGAUACAAAUCGAUAUAGGACACGAAAUACCAGAAAAAAAUUAUGUUCAUUACACAACGACAGUAAUUCCAGUACACAAUCGUCAGCAGAGCAUCCAAAAAAAAAUGGCUAGAAAUUAUGCAAAAUAUAGUUACGACCCCUCGACGAAAGCAAUCAUAAAUAAGCAAACGAAAAUGAAAUAUCCAAAAAUACACACUAAAAUACAGAAGAAAAAUAGUAAGCAAUUUAAAUGCAAUAUAAAGAAAAAUUUCGAACAUUGCCUGAAAGUUAAACCUUUCGCACAUGAAUUAAAUAUGGAUUCUGUAAUAAAAGAUUUAGCGGAAUGUGGUCUUGCCGAAAAGGUAAACAUUAUUAAAAAGAGAUCUACUCAAACUCAUCUUACACCUGUUUAAGAAAACAAGGAAUAAAGAAAAGAAAGCCAAAAAUAAAAUAAAUACGUAUGUUCUCGAUAAUUAAGUAAUUUUUGUAUAAGUAUACUUCUACUUUUAUACUUUCGAGAUUUUUUUACGAUGAGAAUUGUAAAAACAAUGCGUCAUCAAGAUAUAAUUUAAUUAUUACAAAAGAAUCUAAUAAUGAAUUUUACAUUAUACAUAAUAACUGAAAAAAACUCGAGUAUAACUAUAUUUAUACACUUAUUCAUUGAAUUAUUCAGUUAUUUUUGAUUUAAUAAAUUUUUAUAAUAAGUAUACUGCAUUCACUUUGAGUUUUUAUUUUAAAUACAAUCGUGUUAAAUAUAAAUUUUUGUACUGCAGGAAUUUAUUAGAAUGCAUUAACCUUUUCAAAAAGAGUAGAUAUCUUUAAUUAUAUAUUGAGUAAUUACACAAAUUUAAUGUAUAAUGUAAUUUAUGGGAAUUCUCUUAUGAGAAUUUAUAAAAAUUAAUGAAGGAAAGACGAAAAGUCUCUUCAGUAAUUGACAGUAUGUCAUAAAUACUUUAUAUGGAUACAUUAUGAUUUCCAAUGGGAUUAAUUUUUAUUAUAUUUUUAUUAUAUUUUUAUAAGAUUAAUUUUGAUAAUAUUUACCAUAAUUAUAUUCUAUAAAAUUUAUUUCAUUCUACACCUUCUAUAGACUGUACCAAAUAUUAGCUGAAUCUGAAAUAAUUAACAACUGAACCAAAGUUCUGAAAUCAGUAGUAACAGUCAUAAAUGAAAUAAAAAUAAUUCAUUUCACUACUAUCAUUUACACAUUAAAUCGGUAUAUAUAUAUAUACACAUAUACACACGAUGAUACAUCAUAUCCAAUUAAAUGCAGUAUAUAAAUCUCAUACAAAACUUAUUGAUUUAUAUUGUUAAGAUAAGCAUCUGUAAGUAAAGUUCCUAUAUAAGUAAAACAAAUACUCGCGCGUAUUUGUAUUUGUUUUUUAUAUAAAACAUUCAUUCGAUACAUGUAUUUUUAAUAAAUAAUCUUUGCAUCAAA